UAUCUGACCUGGAUCCAAGAAUCUCUGCUUGGUAAAUCGAUUCCACAAUUGCAGCAUCAUAAGAUAUUACACAAAAAUGAUGUUUGAUCCUCCUGAUUUUCCUUAUAAAGAAAUAACAGAAUCUUUAAGGGAUCAUUACGGACCGGAUGAUUUGCUAUUUACUAGUAACGCAGCGCUAGUUAACGAAUCAAUGUCAAAUGAUGGAGAUCUUGUGACAGUUACUGAAUCAAUUAUUUCCACCGUUGAAACCGAUCUAACAUUGAAUUCAAAUGUUUCGGGACGCUACUUCAACGUUGAAAAUGGCCCUCUUCUGUGUGCAGAAGAACCGACUAGUGAACGAAAUCCAGAACUCUACGUUGUACAGUCGGAUAGUUUUUUUAAUUAUGAGCCUACUCUGCUAGACGAUAAUACAGUUAAUCAAUUUUUACUGCCUAUACAAGUAAAUUCCGAAAAUAAUAAGGAGGUGGAAGACACCAGUCCUCAUCUUUUGGCCUUGCACUCUUGUGUGCUCUGUCACGAGAUUUUUACAACGGACACCGAUCUGCUCGAUCACACAAUCUCUUCACACUGCUCCGAAAAUGAUCCAGCAACUUCAUCGAGUUCUGCAGUGGACGAUCUUGUUUACGAAGACUCAAGCAUUGCCAGCAGUUCAAAUUUGGAGUGCGAGUGGCUUGUGUGCAAUGUAUGUGAAAGAGUGCUGUCCACCGCAAUGGAGACGGAACCUCGAGAACUGCUUUGCUGUGCCGAUCUGAACGGCAAGAGCGAUAUAAACGUGCGCAAAUUCAGCACGAUGUUCGUAUGCGAUUAUUGUAGUUACCUCUUCUCGAAUGGAGAUGCUAUGGACCGACACCGUCUCGUCUGCUUCGGUCAGGGGAACUUUUACCCUAUGGACUUGGAUACGUCUUUAUUAGAAUCAAGUUCGCUGCCUCCGAAUGUUAUAAGCAACAGCAAUGGACAGCAAUAUCCUAAUACAGAAGAUGGAAGUCAGCGACCAAGAGUCAGACACAGGAGACCUUACUCUACCGGCAACAGCAAUAAGAUGUGGAACUGCGGUUCUUGCAACCAACUUUUUGCUACAGCUAGGGAACUGUACCGCCACAAGCGCGGUGAGGACCGGCCAGCUGGCAGUCCACUGAUGGCGUACGUCUGUGAGGAGUGCGACAAAGUGCUUGGCAGUAUGUGCGCGCUACACACACAUAAGAAGAUGCACAAAGUAUCCAAACCUGGCUACCCGUGCCGUGUUUGCGGGCGCCGGUUCAACCAGUCCGGCCACUUGGCGAUACACAUGCGUAUGCAUACCGGAGAACGUCCUUACCCCUGCGACCUUUGCUCCAAGGCCUUUAAAGUUAAGGUGGAGCGAGACGAUCACCGGCGGACCCACACUGGCGAGCGACCCUUCGCGUGUACCGCCUGCCCCAAGACGUUCACCGCCGCAGCACGCUUGCGUGAGCACGCUCGUAUACACACCGACCAAAGGCCGUAUAAAUGUGAUAUCUGUGGUGCUGCGUUCCGAAGGCCCUACGCUCGCACUGUCCACAACCUCAUACACACGGGAGAGAAACCUCAUGAGUGUGACGUGUGUGGAACUGCCUUUAGACGUUCGGGAGACAUGUGGAAGCACAAACGGACGCUUCACGGGAUUCACGCUGUCAGUGGUGAGGCGCGUUAGAAAAAGCAUGGCAACGACCUACGAAAACAAUACUGUGAACUGUGAUUUUAAAGUAAAUUGCUACAUUAUA